AUGGAUGGGGAUGUUGUGUUUAUCAACCGACCCCCGACGACACAUAAGCAUUCUCUUCAAGCGCUUCGGGUGUAUGUUCAUGAAGAUAACACCGUGAAGAUUAACCCUCUGAUGUGUAGUCCCCUCAGUGCUGAUUUUGAUGGUGAUUGUGUCCAUCUGUUCUACCCACAGUCACUUAGUGCUAAGGCAGAGGUUAUGGAGCUCUUCUCUGUGGAGAAGCAACUGCUUAGCUCCCAUACUGGACAGCUGAUUUUGCAGAUGGGUUGUGAUUCUUUACUGUCUUUGAGGGUUAUGCUGGAGCGGGUGUUUCUGGACAAGGCAACUGCUCAACAGUUAGCUAUGUAUGGCUCUCUGUCUCUGCCACCACCAGCACUAAGGAAGUCCAGUAAAUCUGGCCCAGCUUGGACAGUUUUUCAGAUUCUACAGCUUGCCUUUCCAGAGCGUCUGACCUGCAAAGGUGACAGAUUCAUGGUUGAUGGAAGUGAUUUGCUGAGGUUUGAUUUCGGGGUUGAUGCGAUGGCAUCCAUCAUCAAUGGCAUUGUAACUUCAAUCUUUCUGGAGAAGGGUCCAAAGGAGGCACUUGGAUUC